AUGACCACCACUACCAUGUCUCACUCGGACCUAUUGAACAAAAUUCAAUCCAUUCAAAUCGAACUUGACGGGAGACCUACCGAGGGCGUCCAAGAACGACUAUUAACUUCUACCCUCCUCAACAUCUGUGAUGCAGAGGCUUCUAUGUUAGACAUUGAAAGACGUGAUACAUGGGACGAGAGCGAUACUGAAGUUUGGCGUACCUCAGCAGAAAGCAGAGCCAGUGAUCUUCAAACCCUCCGACCGAUUUUCCUCGAAUUCAAUCUAAACCUUCCACCAGUUGUAUAUCUCCCUGACCGAGGAUCUACUCGAUGGUUCAGUCUCUAUAUUUAUGUAAGUCUUCUAACCGAAUCUUCUCAUCUUAUUCAAAAUUUAUUUGAAUCAGAAGAAGAAUCAAGAGAUUGUCCAAUUUGUUUUGAUGGUUUUAAUCAUGGUCAAAGGUAUAUUCGACUUCCUUGUUAUUCUUCUCAUUUGAUUCAUGAAAAAUGUUUAACUAUGUUAGCGGGACAUACACUUCUUUUCUUAUGUCCCAUUUGUCGUCGUGCUCCUUACCUUUCUUAG